GGCGCUUCGCUUCCGGUCUCCAUUUUACGCAAAACGACUCGGCGGCCGGAGGUCGAGGCGGUACUGGCGGCUGUGGGGUCCGGCCCGGGCGGGCUUGUUCUGGACCCCCCACGGCGGGGCCCGCGCUGCCCGCAGUGUGGGAGCGAGCGGCGGCGACAUGGGCGCCCCCGGCUUGGGCAGGAAGCUUCACCGCGGACACUGAAACGGCCCCGGGCGUCGAGGGAUUCAACCAACUUCGCCUGCCGGCGGGAGGGUGGCAGAGAAGGGGCGAGCAGGCCGCCCCUGGCAGCAGCAUGGACCAGAGCGUCGUGAGUCACCCGGUGACCCUCAUCAUCAAGGCUCCCAACCAGAAAUACACCGACCAGACCAUUAACUGCUUUUUGGACUGGACCGUGGGCAAGCUAAAAUCUCACCUCUCUAAAGUCUACCCCAGUAAGCCGUCUACAAAGGAUCAGAGACUGGUGUAUUCUGGCAGACUGCUUCCUGAUCAUCUGCAGCUGAAAGAUAUUCUCAGAAAACAAGAUGAAUAUCAUAUGGUUCAUCUGGUAUGUACUUCCCGGACACCCCCAAGUUCUCCAAAACCUGACACCAGUAGAGAAGGCCGUGGAGUUUCAACAUCCAGCAAUAGCUCAAAUUUGGACCAUUCUGGAUCAACUGCUGCCUCACCCACAAACCAAGAAUCUCCGUCUCCAUCUUUGAACACUAGUACAGAUGGAAUGAGGCAUCGUAAUGUUCCACAAGCACUAAGCAAUCCCAUACCAAGCCACCAGUUCCCUUAUUUAAUGCAAGGCAAUAUAGGCAACCAGUUUCCAGGCCAGGGUGUUCCUGUUGGAUUUCCUAUGUACCCUGCAUUCAGUCCCUUACAGAUGAUAUGGUGGCAACAAAUGUAUGCACGUCAGUACUACAUGCAAUACCAGGCUGCUGUUUCAGCACAAGUGACUUCCAACACUGAGCCAGUGAGAUCUGCAGUUGCCCAGGCUGUAAAUUCAGAACGUGCUCCUGCAAAUGAGCCCGCAGCAGUGCCAAAUGUAGCCGUCCAGGAGAACAGGCCUGUAAACCCAAAUGUCCAGAUGAAUGCCCAGGGAGGGCCAGUAGUAAAUGAGGAGGACUUCAACCGGGACUGGCUGGACUGGAUGUACACAUUCUCUAGAGCAGCUAUUCUUCUAAGCAUUGUAUACUUCUAUUCUUCCUUCAGUCGAUUUGUCAUGGUAAUGGGAGCCAUGCUACUGGUUUAUUUACACCAAGCUGGAUGGUUCCCCUUUAGGCAAGAGGGAGGCCAACAACAGGCAGCCAAUAAUGUGGAAGUGAACCGUGAUGGGCAAAAUAUAAAUAAUCCUGAUCUUGAAGAGAUGGAACGACUUAUGGAUGAUGGGAUUGAUGAAGACAGUGGAGAAGAUGCAGGUGAAGAUGCCAAUAUAGAGCAGCAGCCUGGAUUCAUGGCUUCUGCUUGGUCUUUUAUCACUACCUUCUUCACAUCACUCAUCCCUGAAGGGCCUCCACAGGUUGGCAAUUAAAAUACAAGAACAACUGUGCCAGGCAGCCUCUGUAGCCAUACUUAGAAGUGGAGCAGAUCCUAGAGGGUGUUUUAAAUACAGUGCAAUUUCAGAAAACCUAUAAAGUUAUCUUUUGAUCAUGGUGUACAAAAAUGUGUAUUUUUUUUCUUUUGGCUUUCUCAUGCAUUGAAUAUUUUAAGCACAAGUGGACUACUAAAUGCUUUCUUUAAGAUUCUUCUUUUUCUGAAGAACAAAAUGUAAAGAUAUUGGUCUUCCAUGUUUUAUUUUAAUUUCAAAUAUGUAUUACACUGAGGCAAAAAGCUUGUACUUAGUCUGCACCAUUAUCUCUUUAAAGAGCUGUUAAAGUAUGAAUGUUCACAGAUUUUUUUUUUCAAAUACAGUCUAUUCAUCUGAAUAAAUUCAAUGUAUCUUGUGUUAGUUUUUGUAGGGUAUGAAUUCUUAUUUGAGAUUUUAAGUUUAUCAUUCCGGAAAGAAUGCUAUAAACAUAAGGAUUACUUGCUAAUGGCAUGUUGUCUUCGUGCCACAAAAUACUAAGCCACUUCUCAUCUUUAGAAAGCUAAAAGCUUUUUCUUGCAGUUACACUGUAGUUCCUUAAACCUGGAGAUCUUUAACAGCUCUUCAAAGAGAAUUAACAGUGAUGGGAUAAACAUUAAAUGUUUGAUAUUAUACAGUACUUUUUUAAAAAAUAGAUGUACCUUGGAAAAAAUGUAAAUUUUUUUUUUAAAUAAACACUGUUAUGGUAACUCUUUUGGAUGUUUAUAUGCAUAUUUGAAUUCAAGCAACUCUAAUAGUGCAUCAUUAAGGAUGAGGGUAUAAUUUGAGAUCAGAAUAAAGUUAUGGUGACAUUACCU